CUGCGCCCUGGGUCCCCUCCCCGAGGCGGGGCUGGGCUCCGCGACUCCCCGUGCGCCCUGGGUCCCCUCCCCGAGGCGGGGCUGGGCUCCGCGACUCCCCGUGCGCCCUGGGUCCCCUCCCCGAGGCGGGGCUGGGCUCCGCGACUCCCCCUGCGCCCUGGGUCCCCUCCCCGAGGCGGGGCUGGGCUCCGCGACUCCCCCUGCGCCCUGGGUCCCCUCCCCGAGGCGGGGCGCAGGGCGGGGCCGCCGGGGAGCCGUGCGCUCUCUCCUGUCUCCGCACCCCGGGCAGGGCUGGUGGUAUUGGUGCCUCCUUGCGCGGCGCGCUCCAGGGCUGCUUUUUGCCUCUCUCCCCAAGGCGCUCGGGUGGUUUCAGAGCCUUCUCCGGGCCGGGCCGUGCCGGGGAGCCCGAACCUCCGUGGCUGGUUCUCUCCCUCCGUCCAGGAUGACGGUGAAACUGGACUUCGAGGAGUGUCUGAAGGACUCUCCCCGGUUCAGGUGGGUCUCUCGCUGGGGCGGGGCAGUCCGGUUCGGUCCCGGUGCCGGUUCUCCUUCCACCCACUGGUCUCCAACCUCCUCUUCCCCCGGGGCGGCUUGUGCGCUUUUACGCAUCUCACCGUGCGCCUCUGGCGUUGGUGCCAAGCCGUGCCGGGGCGGGAAGCAAGAACAGGGGUGGGGGGAGUGCCUGGAAAAAUUCUCCGACAGCCUCAACCAAAUGAUUGACAACCAAGUGGAGCUUCUGGACAGCACCCAGCACUCAUCCCGGCAGCACAUCUAUACCCUGGUGAAAGAGGACGUGAAGCGGUUCAAGGAGGCACGGAAGGAGUUCGAGCGGGGAAGUGAGGGGCUGGCCAGCGCCCUGCACCACAACGCCGAGGUGCCGCGCCGGAAGCAGCACGAGGCAGAGGAGGCCGCCCUGGCCCUGCAGGCUGCCCGCACCAGCGCCCGCGCCCGCGCCCUCGACUACGUCCUCCAGGUGGGCACCGGCGCACGAGUGUGUCUGGGAUCGGUUGUGUUGGAAACGGUCCCUGGCGGAUCUGGUCAGCACCACCGACCAGGGGAACGGGGGGCAGUGCGUUGCCAGGCCGUGACCCCCCCGUCUGCCCCCCAGAUGCUGGCGGUGAUGGAGGCCCAGGCCUGCUGCCUGGAGCAGGGGCACCGACUGACACAGCAGCUGGAGAAAUAUCGCCGGGAACUGGCCGCCCAGCUGCACCAGCUGGUCCUGGAGUCGGCGCGGGAGAAGCGGGACAUGGAGCAGAGACACGCCAUGAUCAAACAGAAGGACCUGUCCCAGGACGAGGCGGUGCUGGAGGGGCGCGGGGAGGCGCCGGACGGGGUGGUGAUGGAGGGGUACCUCUACAAGCGAGCCAGCAAUGCCUUCAAGACAUGGAGCAGGCGCUGGUUCUCCAUCCAGAGCAAUCAGCUGGUGUAUCAGAAACGGGCCAAGGACGUGCUGACGGUGGUGGUGGAAGAUCUGCGGCUCUGCACCGUCAAACCCUGCCCCGACCACGAGCGGCGCUUCUGCUUCGAAGUCGUGUCCCCCUCCAAGAGCUGCCUGCUGCAGGCCGACUCGGACAGACACCAGCAGGCCUGGCUGACGGCCGUGCAGAACAGCAUCGCCUCGGCCUUCAGCGAGGGGCGGGCCGAGCCCCCCGGCCAGGUAUGGACUCCCCCGGGGAAACCUCCAUCCCCUCCGCCUCCAGCCAGGGGCGGGCCGAGCCCCCCGGCCAGGUACGGACCCCCCCAGGGACACCCCCAUCCCCUCUGCCUCCAGCCAGGGGCGGGCCGAGCCCCCCGGCCAGGUACGGACCCCCCCAGGGACACCCCCAUCCCCUCUGCCUCCAGCCAGGGGCGGGCCGAGCCCCCCGGCCAGUGCUCCCCCCGCCUGGGCAUCACGCUCUGCUUCGAGUGCUCCGGCAUCCACCGGAGCCUGGGGGUCCAUUUCUCCAAGGUUCGCUCCCUGACGCUCGACUCCUGGGAGCCGGAGCUCGUCAAGCUGAUGUGCGAACUGGGGAACGGAGCCCUGAACCGCAUCUACGAGGCGCGUGUGGAUGAGAUGACCGUCAAGAGACCCCAACCCGGCUGCUCCCGCGCCCCCCCCCUUUGCCCCGCUCCAGAGCCGGGGGAGGCCGGCUCCCCCCCUGAAGACCUGCGCAGCCUCCACCCAGGGGCGCUGCUCUACUGGGCCGCUGGCCACCAGAACCUGCCCACCAUGGCCGACGCCCUGGCCCAUGGCGCCGACGUCAACUGGGUCAACACUGCCGAGGACAGCCGGACCCCCCUGCUGCAGGCCGUGGCUGCGAAUUCCCUGCUGGCCUGCGAGUUUCUGCUGCAGAACGGAGCCAACGUCAACCAGGCGGACAGUGCCGGGCAGGGGCCCCUGCACCACGCCACCAUCCUGGGCCACACUGGGCUGGCCUGCCUGUUCCUCAAGCGGGGGGCCAAUCUGAACGCGGUCGACAUGGAGGGGAAGGACCCGCUCUCCAUCGCCAUAGACACGGCCAACGCUGAUAUCGUCACCCUGCUGCGGCUGGCCAAGAUGCGGGAGGCGGAGGUCGCGCAGGGACAGUCAGGCGACGAGACCUACCUCGACAUCUUCCGGGACUUCUCCCUGAUGGCGUCCGACAAUCCCGAGAAGUUGACCCGCCGAGACCUGAAACUCACCACCCUCUAGCGCCCCCCCUGGGGGGGCACCACCGUGCCACCGUGUGUGUGUGUGUGUGUGCGGCGGGGGGGGAUCCCCUCCUGGGGAUCCCCUCCCCCACCCCUGGCUCCUCCCCCUUCCCCGGCUGGGAGGGGCAGCGAAGCAGCAGGGAUUUCUUCCCCCCCCCCUCCGCCGCCCCUGGGCUGCUUUCUUAAUGACCAUAAUCCCCCCCAUUCUUCUGCUGUGACUCUUGGAUGGGGGCAAUAGGGGAUAGGGGCCAAUCUCCCAUCGCCCCCUCUUCUGCCCCCCAUCACAUGCCCCCAGAUCGCCCCCUCAUUAUAAGGCAGGGGCUUAUCCCUGCCCCCACCUCCAUUAUGGGGAGGGGCUUCUCCCUGGCCCCCCUUCUGGCCCCCAGAUACCACCCCCCCCGUUUAUAGGGCUAAUCCCAUAUCCCCACCCAUCCUAUUUAUUAUUUCUAUGGGACCAUCCUCCCUGUUCGUUGUUUUAACCCCCCCCCAUGUACAUGCACAUGGCUCCCCUCCUCCGGUUGAGGCAUGGUGGGGGGACCCCGUCUUUGAAUGGAGGGGAAGGGGGAGCAGCGGGAGAUCUGGGCAUCUGUACAAAGCUGGCAUGCAAUAAACAGACCAGGCUGCAAUAUCAA